GUUCCUCUAAUUGAACUUCGCCCAAUCAACAAUAACUCGUUAGCAGUUGCUUGCUUUUUCUUGUUCCUUGAGACAGUUUAUUCCUUGCAGGAAUUGCCCCCAGCCACUACCCGUUACACUUUCUAAAGAUCUUCAUGGAACUUCGCAGAAGAACAGUCUCUCUCUGGAAGGGAAUACAAUUCGGUUGCCUGUGAAACUGCAGCCUACGCCCGAAGCAUGGUUAUUUUGGAGAAAACAUUUCAGACAAGUGAAGUUGCAAGAUUCGACUGAAAGUGAUUAAAAGUGGGUUGUGAAGAAGACGCGAAUUUAAGGAAACACUCGUGGACCUUUAAACAAGCAUUUGAAUGAAAUAGUCAGCCUUUGUCAGCAGUAAUUCCUUUGGACUGCGAUGACCUCCAGUAAAGACAUGAAGGCAGGCUCCGUGUUGCAGUCCAGCGGCGAGGAGAGGAGACAGGGUCCCUUGGACCAGCUUCCACCCCCGGCCAACUCCAACAAGCCACUGACGCCGUUCAGUAUUGAGGAUAUUCUAAACAAACCCUCGGUGAAGAAGUCAGUUGCUAAUCUCUGUCCACCGAGAGUUAUUGAAAAAGUGUCCGGCUCAAAUGCAGCAAGGAACGGUAUUACCACUCCCUCUUCGCCGUUAUGUGCUCUGGAGGAACUAGCCAGCAAAACAUUUAAAGGUCUGGAAGUCAGCGUUAUACAAGCAGCUGAAGGUAAGGAUUUCAAUAUUGACAUAACGUUUUAAUAUUUACAUGUACAGAUUCAGUGAGUGAUUGUAUUACCCAAGUAUGCAUAAUCCCCAAAAUAGCUAUGGUUGAUAGCCUAUUGGUUGUGUGAAUUGUUGUCAAACUGAGUGUUUUUUUUAAAAAAGCAUUCCAAUACGCGGUAUCAAGCUCUUGCCAAGCCUAAAUUCCCCAAACAAUCAUGUCUGUGCGAUGUAAUCUAUCCUUGGCUAUUAUUUCAGCGUUUGAGUUGAUUAGUUAGAUACUAAACACCAGUAUAAGGAAACCUGCAAUUUAUUGGGGUGGCAAAGGAGGCCUCUAAUCCGACAUUUUCUGUUGUGCUUCCUGGUGUAUCAUUAAAUUAAGUUGCAACAUUUUAUAGGCUGUUUGAUUUAGUAGAAUUAUAUUUAUUUAGAUCCUGAUAUUGACAGCUAUGUUAUUCCUAAUGAUGCAUGGGCAAUGUAAAACAUAAAUAUGUGAUUAAUUUCAUAUGGCUAUGGAAUGUUGCCCACAAGUUAUUACCAAACCAUACCCAUCACCACAAUUGGCCAUAAACAAAAAUAGUUUGCAUCUGCUUUGCAUCUGUAGCCCUAUUAAAAAACAAAACCUCAAUAACAAAGCUGCUAAUCAUGGCACACUUGAGGACACUUGUAGACAUGUUGUUCUGAUAUUGUUUUGGAUAGUGACUGUAUUUUCGUUUCCCUAAAGGUCGUGAGCAUGUGAACGCCUUUGGACAGAGGCAGACCUCAAAAAAGAGGAGAAAGUCCCGGACAGCUUUCACCAACCAUCAGAUAUAUGAACUCGAGAAGCGCUUUUUGUACCAGAAAUACCUGUCUCCGGCCGACCGAGACCAGAUAGCUCAGCAACUGGGGCUAACCAACGCUCAGGUCAUCACCUGGUUUCAGAACAGACGGGCCAAGCUCAAGAGAGACUUGGAAGAGAUGAAAGCGGAUGUGGAGUCGCUCAAGAAAAUACCACCACAAACCCUGCAAAAGCUAGUCACCAUGGAAGAAGACAUUGACGACCCGCAAGGAAGCUCUGGGGCGAUUUCCCCUAGCAUCUCCCCGUCGUCACAAGGACACCGAGCAUUUCCACAGUCCCCCUCUUCAUCCAGAGAUCAAACCACGGACGAAUUCUCAGAGGAGGACGAAGAGAUUGAGGUGGACGAUUGACAGUAUGCCCAUGUUUUAAGAAAGGGCAUUUAAAAAAAACUUUUGCACGGAUAUUGUCGACGGGAGAAGUGAAACUUAAAAGGGAAGUUUACUUUCUCCUCUUCUCCAUUUUAAUUUAUUAAUAGGACUGUAAAGCCUUCCCUGUUCCAAUUUCACCAAAUUAUUU